ACACGAAUGGAAGAAUGUGAGGAGGAACGUGGCGGACACUUCCUGUUCAAUAAUCCUCUCACAAAAUGAUAGAGUCCACAAAACCAGUCCACUAAUUAAAAACUUAACUUAUAUUAUUUUAACCGUUUAACUGUUUUCAGUUUGUGGGGUGCUGAACUUUUUGAUAGAAUUGUUGAAGAGGACCACAUAAAAGAAGUGGACGUGGUUCCCUACGUGCGACAGACUUGUGAAGCUUUGGAAUACCUACACGCGCUAAAAAUAGUACACCUCGAUAUUAAACCCGAGAAUAUCGUCUGUGUGAAUCCCAAUUCUCGACAUGUCAAGCUCAUCGACUUUGGCCUCGCCAGGAUCUUGGAAGAUGAUUACGUAACAAGAGUUAUUUAUGGAACUAAAGACUAUGUUGCUCCUGAAAUACUUAAUUAUGAACAAUUGACAUUAGCUUCUGAUAUGUGGAGCGUGGGUGUCGUGACUUAUAUGUUAUUGUCGGGAAUCAUGCCGUUCGCUGGCGAAAAUUGGCCUGAACGUUCGGCAAACAUUACCGGAGCCAAUUACAACUACCACGACACAACAUUCGAUGAGAUAUCGGAUCUGGCGAAAGACUUUAUAGAUCACCUUUUAAUUCUAAAUCCCGCUGGAAGAAUGACCGCUUCAAUGGCUCUAAAUCACCAGUGGAUACUUAACGGCCCGCCGAAAGGCAGGAAGGCUGGACAUAUGAAGCAAGCUAGACAUAACUUAAAAUCUUACCUUGCUAAUUAUAGAGCGCGUUGGCAGCGUGCGGGCAACGUGAUGAUAGCGGCACACCGCUUGAGGAAUCAAGUAGGGCAACGAAGUACGGACGCGGAGAAAGCCCCGCUGCAAGUUACCUAAAAUGUAUUAUUCGUGUUUCUUCAAUGGACAGGUAUUUGGUUUGCUUAUUUUUAUAUUUUUAACUUUCCAUUUAGAAAUUGCUGUUAUGGUACGAUAUCUAAAGUCCAAAUUUCUACAUAUUUCUACAUUUUGUGGUCUGUAGAGACCUUAUCUACUGUUAUUGUGUGUGUGUGUGUGUGUGUGUGUGUGUGUGUGUGUGUGUGUGUGUGAGCGUACGAGUGUGUGUGUGCUUGUGCGUGCAUGAGUGCGUGUGUGUGGUUGUGUCUAAAAAAUCUUAUGAAUAAUAAAAGUGGACGCCAUUAACAUAACAAUAAAUAUUUUGAUACAUACAAACCAGUAUUCAAAUUUACUUUAGUCUCAGACUGAUAUUUGUAUACCGUACUGACUUUGCUCAGAAUCUACGUAAAAGCUGAGGCCACUAUGCGGUUACCCGCAAUGUAGUUAGCUUUACUACAAGUCACCGCAACCAAAAAUAUAAUGUAACAUCAAUUUCUAUGCGCACUGCGCUGCAGCUACCCGCAAACCACUCCGGUCGCACGGAGGGCUGCUACUGAACAGCCAGACAUUUGCAAUGCGCACUAUGCGGCUCAUGCGGCUCAGUUUGCGGCUGCCCGCCAUAGUGUGAGAUUGUGUACACGUGGAACGUUUAUGAUGGAUACCGAAAACUUAUCAUCGAAAACCAGAGUCAGCCAGCAAUUUGGAACACCAAAUGUAGUAAAUAGCUUCAACUUAUUCCGCAUCCAUCUUUGAAAUGAAUCGAUAUGACCGCAAAUUGCAACGGUUCUUUAACCGGUUGCAAAUGCGGCUGCCCGCAAUCUGGUAGCCGCAUUCGCAACCGCAUCCUGCGGUCAUCCAGACGGCUAGCCGCAAUGUAGUUACCCGCGUAGUACGUAUGAAGGGUAAGACAAUAUCGGUGUUUAUAGAGCUAACUUCGAACUCGUGAUGAGUUCGCGCUUAGCAAAGCCUCAACGCAAUCGACGACCUUCGAAAUGUUCAGGAUAUUAUUAAAAUGUUUAAAAGAAAAUAAAUGAGCUUCAGAGUUAGAAAUUUUAUAAUAAGAAAAGAUAAGAAACUAUUUAAUAAAAUAAAACGAUAAAUGAGUAAAAUAAGUUUUGAUUUACUUUUUUUAUUCAAUAUAGAUUAUAAAUAAUACUUAUUGAAAGUCACUCUUUUGUUUCAUUACUACUGGUUCGAAAAAAAAACCUCCGUCCUGGGAAAAACCAGCAAGAAACCCAGCGGGACUUUCUUCUUUUUAAAUAACAUCUUACAAUCAUGUAUGUUACACAAAUUAACAACACAACAAAUUAGAAAUAGCUUGGUAGCGAUCACCUCAUUUCUAAAGUGCCUCUUGGUGGAGAGUAAUAGUGAUUUGUGGUUUAUCUCAAUCGAUUGUUAACAAAAAUCAUUACAAUAUGCACACGACAUGAUUAAAGAUUACAUAUGAUUUGCUAACGAAAACCAGAUUUUGAAUGAUGAAUACUAGGUUGAUCGAUAAGUUUUUGUAGUAGGACACUUAUUAAAGAGGCGGCAGAACCGCCUGCAAUGACGACACUCGCUCCGGGCGGCCAACGGCCAUUACGCAAGAAAACGUUAAAAAAUCGAAGAAAUUGUUAAGAUAGAUCGACUUGUGACCAUUCGUUAUUUAGUUGAGAUUCUAAAGCUUUCGUUUGGGACAAUACAGUUUAUUUUAACUCAUAACUUAAAAUUCAAAAACGUGUCCGCGCGCUGGGUUCCUCUACUGUUAACAGAAGCUAAAUUUAGCAAUAAUUGAAGAAGAUUUUUGCACUCAUUUUGUAACCGUAGAUAAAUCGUGGGUACACCAUUUUGACCCGGAGACGAAAAACCAAAGCAAGGUAUGGAAAAUAACGUCUUCCCCGCCAUCCAAGAGAUUCAUAGUGUCUACGUCCCCUGGGAAAAUAUUGGCCUCUGUUUUCUGGGAUGCGGAAGGUAUUAACUAUUUAAGUAUAGGAGAGACAAUAACCGGAUAUUAUUACGCAUUCAUUAAUCCAAAACUACGCAAAGUACCAAAGAAUUAACGUCGAGGAAAUUGCGUGCUGGAGUGAUUUUGCAUCAUGAUAAUAUCCCUGUCCAUCAAUCUGAUGGUGCAGGCACUGCCAUCCGAACUGAUGUGUUUCACAUAUGCAGCACCCACCAUAUUUUCCGGACCUAGCUCCGAGUGAUUUUCACCCUUUUAUUCACCUGAAAAAGCACUGGCGUGGAAUAAAAUUCGACGACGAUGAGGUGAUGUGCACUGUCGAGGCCUUUUUCGAGUCCCAGGAUCAAGCCUUUUUUUCUAACUAAACUAAUUGAUCAACCUAUUAACUCUUUGAAAAAUUAAGCAGACCGUUUGUAAUCGGCGUGUUUGACAUGAUCAUGUGUAGACUCGUUAGGACAAGGGUACCAAAUGCCUAAAGUACAGUGAUGUUGUCAAUUUAGGAUUAUUAUUUCCGAUUACUUUCGAAGAAGAUCAAAUUAUAAUUUCGUAAUAAAGUAAAUUACUAACCUUACUUACUUAUUACAUUUUUCAGAUAGCGUCCAACUAAAAGAAGAUAGGUAUCCGAAAACAGUUUACGUAGAACAAAGAGUAGUAGAUGUGCUUGUUUGAUCUACCUGCGAAAAAUAAAUGACUUCACACUUUUGCAUUUAUUAGGAAACGCAUUUUGAAUUAUUGUUCAUGUAGAAUAGAAGCUUCUUCGUGAAACUUUAAAGAAUAUUCAAGUACCUAAUGUAUGUUACUUAAAACAGAAUAAUAAACGUAUACGACG